UAGCGACCUGUGUCCAGCUCUGGUCCAGCUGCAGCAAAGAGCCAGCUAGCAUCGAGAGUUACAGUUUGUUAGUUAACGUAACGUUAGCUACUCGUUAGGAAGGCAGACAGACGACCAAAGGGUGUUUAGAAGGACCUCACAGCGAUAAAUGGCGUUAUCAUAGGUUAUCGAUAUGAAAUUAAACAGGUAACGUUAACGUUAGCAGGUUGUAAGUUUGGUAAGUUUGGUUAAUGCUAACGUUAUCGAACAGCGAGUGGCGUUCACGUGUCAUCCCAAUUAAACUAUAAGUGUUUGCGGUGAAAGUCGUGUUUUGAGUUUUGUAGUGACCCUUAAUGGUAAGCUAAACAGCCUAGGAGAGAGCACGAAAAGGUCUGCGGUUUUCGUCACUGGAAUAACAUAGUUGAGAGGACUCCUAUAGAGGCCAAGUGUUAGUGAAGCAGAUCUGGACCAAGGCCCUAAUGAACCCUGCAAUUUUUUAGUGGAAACUGCAGUAACAUCAACUACACUACAACUCAGGUUACACUCCUCCGUCAGAUGGCGUUCUGCCUGGCUGAGCUGCACUUGUGGUCCACCAAGAGCUCACUCCAAGUCAAAGAUACAGAUAUUGGCACCUAUCAGUACUACGAUAAAGGAGAGCCAGCCAAUCUCCUGGAGCAUCACUACUACAUCGAGAAACUCCAUUUCUGUGAGGCUCGAGGCCAUUCGUGGACCCCCAGGAACCGCCGACCAGAGAAGCUACGCGAUUCGCUGAAGGAGUUGGAGGAACUGUUGCAGACAAACACCUGCGUUCACACCAGAUGGAGGAACAAGCAUUGCUGCCAGGUGAUGCUGAGCAGCGGGGUACUGGUGACCCUGACCCUAAAUGGACCUCAGCUCGAACAAGUGUAUCUAGACCGCACAUUAGUGGGCCGACUACCAGCCAACACUGUGACUGAUGCGGUGCUGAGCGAUAGGCUGAUUCUGCUGUCAUUCCUGGAGCAGAGCCAAGUGGCUGCAGUCUACCUCAACCAAAAGAACCAGGACUCCCCAGAGACUGGCAGACGAAGAGACAAACUCUCACCCUCUGAAAUCAAGGUGGUGUGUGUGGACGUGAGUGGGCGGGGUCGUAGGCUCCACAGAUGCGUGGGUCUCAACCGUCUCCAGGAUGUGGUGCUGUGCUGGUGGAACCUGGACUUGCCCGGUGAUGAGCUCUGGCCCUGGACUCCCACAAAGACGGACAGGAACAACCUGGUCUUGCUCAGCUGCUCACCUAGUGAAGGCCUCAAGGUCCUCAGCUCUGUCCGGACAGAAGGUAACCCCUUGGACUGCCGCUUCAGCCUGCUCCAGCCCUACCAGCUGCUAACCGUAGAACUACCUGCAGGACCCCAAGGAUUCAGAGAGGGCUCCUGGGCUGACACCUGUGUGUACGAAUGUGCACGACAGCGCCUGCACCGACUGUCUGUCACCCGCAUCCCGCUACCAUCCCAUCCCGUCUCCUGCUCACGUCACCCCUCUGAGACCACACUUGUCUUGGGCUUAAGUGACUCCUCCCUGGUCCUGUAUGACCAGCGACGGGGGGUCUCUCUCCUGGCCUCCUGCCCUGUGACACCCACCCUCCUCACUUGGCACCCUGCUGGGGCCGUGGUCGUGGCAGGGGGAGGGCAGGGGGAGCUGAUGUGCUUUGAUGUGGGGUUGGCACCUAUAAAAAUGGCACUGGUAGCAGAAGAAGUAGCUUCAGCUGCCACGCUAAGAUUAUCUCAGCACCUGCGCUGCAGUGGAGGACUGGAGGGACUGCAGUGGGGGACAGGCCUGGAAGGAGGUCCAGAGGGGACAGAUAUCCUGAUGCUGGUCUUUCACGGGGGACCACUAGCAGCCUUGAGAUUCAAACUAGGGGCUCUGACUGGGGGCCAGAUGGGCUCCGGGGAGCUGCUGCAGCAGCGUCUGCGUUGUGGCCAGGUCCGAGACGCACUGGGGAUCCUGGAGGCCAUGGACUGGAGCAUCAUGGGAGACGAGUGCUACCGAGGCCUGAGCUCAGUCACCAACCACCUGCUGAGACUGGAGCUGAAUGCAGAGAGAGAGGCCCAGCUAGAAGCAGCUCUGGGUGUGUUUUAUGCCCCACCCACCCCUCUCUCUGAUAUGGUAAUACUUGAGUACAGGGAGCCAAUCAGCAAGUAUGCCCGUCGCUUUUUUCACCACCUCCUCAGACACGAGCGCUUUGAGAAGGCCUUCCUCCUCGCUGUAGAUUUAGAAGCAAGAGAUUUAUUCAUGGACCUCCAUUAUGUUGCCAGCGAUAAGGGCGAGGUGGUGCUAGCGGAUGUGGCCAAGAGGAAAGCUAAUGAAAUCGAGGCCCAGGCCAUCGCAGGCAACGAAGAUCCUUCAAGUGGCGGAAAUGGUGUAUUUCGUAGUUCCAGCCUCGUGGGCAGACAGAACCAGAGUGCAACAGGACCUUCAUAUCCAGGCACUCCAACAACACCUGCUGAUGGAAGAGCUGAUCAGAGGAGACCACAGGCGGAGAGCAUACGAGUAACCGUGAGCCCAGACGUGUUCAGGACACCGAGACAAACAGGAAGCAGUGAAGGUGACAGAGACAACAGGGAUGACGAUGAAGACCUCGGGAUGCUUCAUGUGGUCCAUUUAGGAAUGGUUUGAAAGAGCACUUUAUUAAUCCCAGUGGUAAUUUGGAGAGACACAUCAUCUCACCAUAACAGGCUCUUUUGUCUCUUGUCUAUACUUUAUAUGCAAAGCAGCCACUUACCUGUAAUAUUACCUCAAUGCUUAUCAUUGUACAGAACAGUAGAAUAUAUAGAUGUCUGAUAAAAGUGUAAUACAUGUGUAUUUUAAGUAAACUCUUUAAACUGAAAAACAGUGUUUACUAAACAAACAGCCUUUGCUUUGUAACCCUGUCGUAAUAUAUCUGUGAAAUUUCAGCCAAAUCAAAAAUGCUGACGUAAAGUCAGGUUAUUUUCUGUCUAAAGGAAAUAAACCUUAAAAGAAAACAGUCACACCAAGUUCUGCCUUUAAAUACACGACAGAAAAUGUUUUAAACCUUUCCAUUAAUCAGCCUGAAAAAAUAAAGACUUCUAUUAUACUCCCA